AUGGAAUUUAAUCCAAAUAAUCAACAACCUUUUACACCAAUUGAUCAAACUUUAAAAACUCCAAUGGAAGCUCCUGCAAAUCCUUUAUUACCACCUCCAUUACAUCAUCAAAAUUCUUAUAAUAAUCAUCAGCAGCAAAGUUUGUAUCAAAACCCUCAAUAUAAUGGAAGUGAUGAUAUUUUAACAGAUAUAGAUGAACCAAAUACCACCACCAAAAGAAAUCCUUAUAAUAAUAAUGGUAUAAAAAAUUCAUCAAUAUCUAAUUUAUCAUUAAGUGAAAUGAAUAUAAUGAAUUAUAAUAAUCAACAACAACAACAACAAUGUAAUAAUAAUUCAACAUGUAAUUCUUCAAUAAGAUCGAGAUCUUCACUGAUUAAUUUAAGAAAACAAUCUUUAACAAGAAAUAAUUCAAAUAACUGGUUACAUAUUGGUAAUAUGAAUCAAAUAAGACCUCAACAUAAUAAUUUUGAAUUUAAUAAAAGUACUGAUUCUUUAAUGGAUUAUGUUCCAAAUUCAAUAAUUUCAAAAACUAGUCACCAACCGCAUACUCCACCACCAAUACACAAUGAUUCAGAUAUGCCAAUGUUCACAAGAACUAAAAGUUCAUCAUCAUCAACAAAUUCUUCAUUUAAAAAUAAUUUAUCAAUAGAUACAAAUUAUCGGAAUAAUAACUCAGCUAAUGGCUUUUCAUUAGAUUCUCCAUUUUUAUCAUCUAUAACACCAAAUGAUGAAUAUUUUAAUUAUCAAAUACCUCAACAACAACAACAAAGAGAAAAUUCUCAACCAACUACACCAACACAAAUUGAAGAAAUAAAUAUACCUAAUCAUGUAUCAUUAAGUGAAAAAAAAAGAGAUUCAUUAAAAUUAAAAAGAGGAAUUCAUUAA